UAACCUUCAGCGUUGGACAUGACGACAUGUUUGAUGCGCCGACUAGUGAGUGCUGCAUCUAUCGGAUAACUGAUUGUACCUUAUCCAGUUCUUCAUGAAGCUAGUUGGUGCAGUGUUAUUAAUAGUGUUCACGUCCCAAGGAGAAGGUUGGAGAAGAAGACGUGCCCGGCGGCCUGCCUGUCAUGCUCACGACUGUGUGCUUAGCGAGUGGUCUAUGUGGAGCCAUUGCUCUCAUGUCUGUGGCAUUAAUGAAGUACAAAGAAGAGUUAGAUGGAAGAUUGAAGUUGAGUCUUGUGGAGGCACUUGUCAUCACACAUUGAGUGAGACAAGAUCCUGUAAUCGGCACUGCUUUAAUGGAGGAACACCGUUGAUGGGACAUUGUAAAUGUCAAGACGGAUUCACUGGAAGAUGCUGUGAAUAUGACAGACGAUCGUUUGAAGAUGACGAUUUCCAACAGCAGCUUACAGAGCCAACGGACAAAUCAGAUGAAUUAAGCCCUGGAGCUAUUGGAGCUAUUGCAGUGACGAUCAUUGGUAUUGUUGUUGGCGUCAUCGCGUAUCGUCUAAGGUGUUUCUGCAAAGACUCUUGCAAGAAUUGCUGUAACUGCUGCAAUAAAGGGCGAUCAAAUAACGUAGUGCAUGUCGCUGAACGGUCUACUUCAAAGCCUACUCGGUGUAUGAAUCAAAAUGAAGGCGGCAUGGAGCACAACCAACCGGGUCCGAGGACUGGAACAGUCAUUGUUUACCAUUGCUAAUGUAUAGGAGGCGUGGAGUAUAUCGA